GAAGCACAACAUGAUUUUCCAAUCCGUCGAUCAACAUCUGUAUCAUCGCUUGCACCAUCCUUAGCACUACCUCAACAUUAUCGCCAAGCAGAGCGUAUUAUCGAUACUACACCAAUUUAUCAACCAAAGAUUUACAAUUGGUAUAAUAAUUCCUACAGUAAAGCACGAUGGAUUGAUACUCAUGAAACUAUAGCAAAACCAGUUCGUACACCAUCUUUUAAACCAAUGCCGUAUAGUUCCUAUGUUCCAUACUAUACGUUUCAAACAAAGAGGAUAUUUUUCAAUGAACGAAUGGAACCAUUGAAAUCAUACAUUGCUGGAUCACAAAAGUAUUUGGAUAGAUACGUAUCAGCACGACUUAAAGCUGAUGAUUUUGCUCAGCAAUAUGCUUACACCUCGUAUGAUUGGAGAUAUCCUCAGGAUCAUGCAUUUAAUCGACAUUUUAUGUAUGGUGAAGGUGUAUAUAUUCCUCAUUCUUCACGUAUACCACACUCCUAUAAUGAUGCGCAAGCAUUACGAAAACUUUAUAUCACAACGGGACGAUUCCGCUUUGCAUAA